UGAUUUGAUGAUGUAAUCCAAUUCAACCUUUCAAAAUUUCAAAUUCUUCACUGAUGUCAGCUAUCAAAUUCUCAAUCGGAACUACAACUACAAAGUCCAACUCUGGUACAUCCAACAAACGACCAACAACCAAUAAAGUAUUUGAAGAAGAUGAAGAAGAAGAUGAGCUUACUUUAAAGAUUGGAUCUAAUACUAAUAGCGGUACCAAGAAGGCUUCUUCUUCUCGAUCUGGAAAUCCUUCACUUCUUUUACCUCCUACCAAUAGUAAACUUUCACGUCAACAAAAACUUAAACAAGAUGAAGCUGCUAAACUGGAUGCUACUGUAUUCGAAUAUGAUGAAGUUUAUGAUGAUAUGAAAUCAGCAGAAAAACAAUCUAAAUUGGCCAAGGAGCAAUCAGGAGUACAACGAAAGCCUCAAUACAUCUCAGGUUUAAUUGAAACAGCAAAACAACGUCAAAUCGAUCGAGUUCGUGCAGAAGAUAAAAUGGUACAAAGAGAGCGAGAAUUAGAAGGAGCCGAAUUUGCAGAUAAAGAUGCAUUUGUAACCCCAGCUUAUUUAGAACAACAAGCCGAAUUACGUAAAGCAGAAGAAGAAGAAAAAUUAAAAGCUGAAAAAGGUCCAACAUCUAAAGGAAUGAGUUCAUUUUAUAAAAACAUCUUAGAUGAAGAUUCAAAAAGGAAUGAAGCAGCUGUUAAAGCGGUGGCUGCUGCUGCUAAAAGGUCGGGUGGUACUUCACUUAAUCUUGCUUCUACUUUAUCUUCGGCUUUACCUGCAAGUUCUGUUUCUCAACAACCACAAUAUGAUCCAGAACCAGAAGAGGUACCGAGUGAGGCUAAGUUGGCAGCAGAAGUGGGAAGGAAGUUGGGUAGGAAAGUCGAUUUGGAUGAUGAAGGUCGGAUCAUUGAUCAUCGUCAAUUACUCACCGGAGGACUCAACGUAGGUCAACCCAAGCUAGGACCCAAAAAGCCAACGAAAUCAGGAUUCGCAUUACCUAUAGCCGAACGAGCCCGACAGGAAAGAGAAAAAGCAGAAGCAGAAGCAGCUCUGGUAAAAAAACAAGAAGAAGAGGAAGAAGGCAUCUCACAAGCCGAAAAAUUAAAACUUUCAAGAGAACGACAAUCAUUAUUACUUCAACAACAAUUAAUUGAACUCGAAAGUAAUAAACGAAAAGCAGAAGAAGAUCAAAUGAAGGAUCAGAUUAAAAAGGUAGCUAGAAGAAAUGAUGAAAGUAAAGUUGAAGAACUUAAACGUAAAGCUCAAGAAAGAAGAAAGGCACGUGAGAAAGUGUUAAUUCCAACUGAGACAAGUACAAAAGAAACCAUCUAAUGUACUAUGUACAUUGAUCAGGGAAAAAAAGUUUGAGUUUGAUUUACAUUGUAUUGUUUAUUUCAAUUCUAAAAUCUCUUUAACUAUCUUUGCAAUCUCUUUUCCAUCUGCCCUUUCCCCUGUGAUAUCUUUUACAGCUUUAACUACUCUUCCUAAUGCUUUAGUUCGAUCUUCAACGGGUAUCUGAAGUUGAUCUACCACCUCUUUAACUGUUACAAUCAAUUCUUCUGAACUCAUAUCUGCUAAUUCAGUGGGUAUAAAUUUUUGUAAUAUGAUGGCCUCGGAUGUGUAUAAUUCUUCCAUUUCUAGUCUAGGAGGGUUUGCUUCUUUAG